GCGGCGGCGGCGGCUGCAGAGCGAGCCCGAGCCCGAGCGACAGCAACAGCGACAGCGACAGCGACAGCACGGACUGGAGCGGGAGCGGGAGCCCGGGGGGGAGCGGACUGCAGACAGGAUUAGCCAUGUCACUACCCAUCGAUCCCCUGGGGCCGAGGAUGAGCCCAGAGGAGCUAGUGAGCCAGACCCGGCAAGUGGUGCAAGGUCUGGAGGCCUUGAGGGCCGAGCACCGAGGCCUGGCGGGACGACUGCAGGACGCCCUGACGGAGGCUGGGGCCGGCUCGGGGGGAGAGACGUUCCCGGGCCUGGAUCUGCUGAAGGAGAAACACCAGGCUCUCAGCCAGUCCCUGGAGGCCAUUGAGCUGGGACUGGGAGAGGCCCAGGUCCUGCUUGCGCUGUCCACGCAUGUGGGGGCUCUGGAAGCGGAGAAGCAGCGGCUGCGAGCCCAAGCCCGGCGCCUGGCCCAGGAGAACUCGUGGCUCCAGGAGGAGCUGGAGGAGACGCGGCGGCGGCUGAGGGCCAGCGAGGAGGCCGUGGCCCAGCUGGAGGAGGAGAAGAGCCACCUGGAGUUCCUGGGCCAGCUGCGGCGCUACGACACGCUGGAGGAGGAGGAGGGGCACAAUGACGCCAAGGAGAAGACAGAAGGACGCCGAGACAGCCUUUCUUCUCUGUUCCCCAGUGAGGACAAGAAAAGUCCCGAGGCAUUUGGCGCGGCGGCCGCGCAGCAAGGGGGCUACGAGAUCCCGGCCCGCCUGAGGACGCUGCACAACCUGGUCAUCCAGUACGCGGGGCAGGGCCGUUACGAGGUGGCCGUCCCCCUGUGCCGCCAGGCCUUGGAGGACCUGGAGCACACCUCGGGCCACUGCCACCCCGACGUGGCCACCAUGCUGAACAUCCUGGCCCUGGUGUACCGGGACCAGAACAAGUACAAAGAGGCCACAGAACUUCUUCAGGAUGCCCUGCAGAUCCGCGAACAGACCCUGGGGCCCGAGCACCCGGCAGUGGCAGCCACCCUGAACAACCUUGCCGUGCUGUACGGGAAACGGGGUCGCUACCGAGAGGCGGAGCCCCUUUGUCAGAGGGCCCUGGAGAUCCGCGAGAAGGUCUUGGGCGCCGACCACCCGGACGUGGCAAAGCAGCUGAACAACCUGGCCCUGCUGUGCCAGAACCAGGGCAAGUUUGAGGAGGUGGAGAAGCACUACGGGCGGGCGCUGGCCAUCUACGAGGCCCUGGGCGGCCCCGACGACCCUAACGUGGCCAAGACCAAGAACAACCUGGCCUCAGCUUACCUGAAACAGAACAAGUACCAACAGGCAGAAGAGCUCUACAAGGAGAUUCUCAGCGGGCAGGACCUCCCGGCCCCCCUGGUGAAUCCCAGCAUUGGAGCCUCUGGGGACAAGGAGCCUCAGGUCCUGCGCCGCAGCACCUCCUUUUCCAAGCUCCGGGAGUCAAUCCGCCGCGGGAGUGAGAAGCUGGUGUCCCGCCUGCGGGGCGACGGAUCCUCCGGGAUGAAGCGGGCAAUGUCCCUCAGUGUCCUCAAUACUGAGGAGCCCAGAACCAGCAGGAACCAGGUGCUGGGCCGGCAGCUGAGCCGGAUGCGGCCGCUGAGCACCAGCACCCAGGACCUGGGCUUCCCUCUGGACCAGCACUAGCGGCCGGGCCGCGUGGGAGCCUCAGGAGCGUGGCGGGGCCGUGGGCGCCACCUUCCUCACCCCUCCCCUUCCACCCAUAUUUAUUGUAUUUAUACCCACCUCGAGGAGCCCUCAGCCAGGGCCCAAGCCUUGGAGAUAAAACCAAUCCACCUCCUC